UUGUGAUGAAUGAUGUAGCGCAGCGCUGAGUCGUGGUCCAAACACGUGUAGAGUCAAUUGCAGGAUAGAUGUGUGUGUAGGCAAACGCGUUGCUGUUUGUAUCGAAAUUUCGUCUCUGGCAAAAAGUGCUGUGAACCUUUUCCGUCGUCGACGAUUUGUUUUUAAACGUAACGUUAGCUCUGGCCGAAGAAUAUUUUGACACCAGAGCGCAAUGAUGAAAUACAUCCUGGUAACCGGAGGAGUCAUCUCAGGUAUUGGCAAAGGCAUCAUAGCGAGCAGCGUGGGCACAAUCCUGAAGUCAUGUGGCCUGCAUGUAACCGCCAUCAAGAUAGACCCUUAUAUCAACAUAGACGCAGGCACAUUUUCACCCUAUGAGCACGGCGAAGUGUUCGUGCUGGAUGACGGCGGCGAGGUGGACUUGGAUCUGGGGAAUUAUGAACGCUUCCUGGACAUCCGGCUGACCAGAGACAACAACCUGACCACCGGCAAGAUCUAUCAGUCGGUCAUCAACAAAGAGAGGAGGGGAGACUACCUGGGCAAGACCGUGCAGGUGGUGCCACACAUCACAGAUGCCAUCCAGGAAUGGGUUGUGAAACAGGCCAAAGUACCCGUUGAUGUCGACGAUGUAGAACCUCAAGUUUGUGUAAUAGAGUUAGGAGGCACUGUCGGGGACAUCGAGAGUAUGCCUUUCAUCGAGGCCUUCAGGCAGUUCCAGUUUAAAGUGAAGAGAGAGAACUUCUGUAACAUUCACGUCAGCCUGAUACCACAGCCCAGUGCGACAGGAGAGCAAAAGACCAAACCAACCCAGAACAGUGUCAGAGAGCUGAGAGGACUGGGUUUGUCCCCUGAUCUGAUCAUGUGUCGCUGCUCCGCUGCUCUGGAGAACUCCGUCAAAGAAAAGAUUUCAAUGUUCUGCCACGUAGAACCCGAACAGGUCAUCUGUGUGCACGACGUGUCGUCCAUCUACAGAGUGCCGCUGCUGCUGGAGAAUCAGGGUGUGGUGGGCUACCUGAGCAGGAGACUCAAUAUGCCCAUAGAGGCCCGACCCAGGAAAAUGCUGACUAAAUGGAAGGAGAUGUCUGACAGGUCAGACAGACUGCUGGAGCACUGCUCUAUAGCACUGGUUGGGAAGUACACCAAGUUUUCCGACUCCUAUGCUUCUGUCAUCAAGGCUCUGGAGCACUCGGCCCUGGCCAUUAGCCAUAAAUUGGAGGUGAAGUAUAUAGACUCAGCGUAUUUGGAGCCGAGCACUCUGCAGGAGGAACCGGUGAAAUACCACGAGGCGUGGCAGAAACUCUGCAGUGCUGAUGGCAUCCUGGUUCCAGGAGGUUUUGGUGUCAGAGGAACUGAGGGAAAGAUUCAUGCCAUCAACUGGGCCAGGAAUCAGAAAAAACCUUUUCUAGGCGUGUGUCUUGGAAUGCAGUUGGCUGUAUGUGAAUUUGCCAGGAACAUGCUCGGCUGGAAAGAUGCCAACUCAACUGAAUUCGACCCAGACUCGAAGCAUCCUGUGGUGAUCGAUAUGCCCGAACACAACCCGGGGCAGAUGGGCGGAACCAUGAGGCUAGGGAAGAGACGGACCAUUUUCAAGACCAACAACAGUGUAUUGCGCAAGCUUUAUGGAGACGCAGAGUAUGUGGAUGAAAGGCACCGGCAUCGCUUUGAGGUUAAUCCUGAGCUCAAGAGUCACUUUGAGGAGAUGGGCUUCCGCUUCGUAGGUCAGGACGUCGAAGGGGAAAGAAUGGAGGUCAUAGAGCUGGAUGACCAUCCAUAUUUUGUGGGAGUGCAGUAUCACCCUGAGUUCACCUCCCGCCCCAUCAAACCAUCACCCCCCUAUCUUGGUUUGCUGCUGGCUGCUGCAGGGAAGCUGCAGAGCUACUUACAGAAGGGCUGCCGUCUCUCUCCACGGGACACGUACAGUGACCGGAGCGGCAGCAGCAGCCCAGACUCUGAGAUAUCAGAGCUGAAAUUACCUUCCAUUACCAAUGAGUGACCUGGAGGAACACAGUACAAGAUGUUUGCAAACUUCCCUCUACAGUGCUAAAUACUUCUGGACUUGUUCUUAAGUGGACCCCCUAUAAUCACUGACAAAGGUGGAUUCUGUUUCUCAACCCUGCUCUGGAUGAUGUGCAUAUGUCCUGGAAUGAACUACUCUACUGUAACAUGUUGACAUUGAGGCUCAGGAAUCUGUCUGAGAUGCAGAUUUAAUGCUACUGUAAGCAGUGUGGGGAAAGAUGUAAAAUUAAACCAAGUGACAAGAGCUUUCAUUGCUGUUUGAAACCUACACUAUUGCCUUAUUGUAAAUAACCCCUGCUACAGCCAUUGGCAGCAUAUUUAAAGUUGUUACAUUUAUAGAGGUGAAUGGAACAUGAAAUAAAUUCUUCAAAAGUA